GUCCUCCUUCCCAACAUGGCGCAGUCGGUUAACAUCAGCGAGCUGAAUCUGCCGCAGCUGGAAAUGCUCAAGAACCAACUGGACCAAGAAGUGGAGUUCUUGUCCACGUCCAUCGCCCAGCUGAAGGUCGUCCAGACCAAAUAUGUGGAAGCCAAAGACUGUCUGAACGUGCUGACCAAGAGCAACGAGGGAAAAGAAUUACUUGUCCCGUUAACGAGUUCUAUGUAUGUCCCUGGCAAGCUCCAUGAUGUGGAACACGUGCUCAUUGAUGUGGGAACUGGCUACUAUGUAGAGAAGACAGCAGACGAUGCAAAGGACUUCUUCAAGAGGAAAAUUGAUUUCCUUACCAAACAAAUGGAAAAAAUCCAGCCAGCUCUCCAGGAGAAGCACGUCAUGAAACAGGCUGUCAUGGAGAUGAUGAGUCAGAAGAUCCAGCAGCUCACAGCUCUAGGCGCCAACCAAGCCACGGCCAAGGCCUGAGUGGGUUUUCCGGAACCAGCACCGAAGAUGGAAGAUAGAGGAUGAAGGAUGGACUCUG